AUGGACUCGUACACCGAUCUGCUGAAUCUCAACUUCAUGUACUCCCUGCGCACAGGGGACCUGUUGACAGACAUGAUGAUUGCGGCGCUGCUGCCGCUCGUGUCAAGUGCGAUUGUAUACCUCACACGUACAUGGUGGCCGCAGCUGGUGAAUCGCGCCCUCUCCUACCUCUCCAAGGUCGACAGCACGAGUGCUACCUUCAAGAUGCCAGAGAAUGGCAGUGGGCUCUACUAUGGCUACACCCUUCGUGUGGCGCUGUCGACGUAUGUGACAAAGGUGCUGAAGCCUCGCUUUGACAUAGCAGAGCUCAGGUACCUCUCAAUUCCCGGGAAGGAGCUUCAGGAUGCGGCGAACUACACCGAGGCCCUGCGAGACUACUGCUUCGUGAACGCCAGCCCGGCCAAGGAACUUCCCAUGCGUCUCACGGAGCAUCUCGAGCUGAGGCAGACCGUGACAAGAAACGACGACGGCGGACGGAACAAAGACGCGGGCCGUCACGGCAGGUCCGGGGGCUCGCAAGCGCCCGAGGAAUCGCAAUUCAUCAUCACACAGUACAGGCAUAGUUUUCCCGCACUCAUGAAAUUUCUCCGCUUGGCGCACAAGAGCACGACGGAGGAUUCUGAAAAGAGCGAGGUCGCCGCGCAACUCGAGCGCGACGCCAACGCCGACGGCGACGCUAUUCAGUCUCUCCUUGAACGCUCACUGGAACACUACCGCCUCGAGUAUAAAGAAAUCACGGCGCGCACGGAUCGCUACCUCUAUCAACCACUUUUGACGCGACGGGAGCUCAGGUUUGGUCCUGAUAGUGCAGAGAGGGGCCACACCGAGGGCGCGAUGGAGUGCAACCGCUAUCUUCUGCACUCCGGCAAGACGUUUCAGUCUCUCUUCUUCCCCGCGAAGCCGCGCCUUAUUCAGCUCAUCGACGACUUUGAGAAGAAGACCGGCAAGUACGCCAUCCCCGGGUACCCUCAAAAGUUAGUGCUGCUGCUCUACGGACCUCCUGGCACCGGCAAAACAAGUCUUGCCAAGGCUGUUGCCGCCUACACUAAGCGGGACUUGUUUGCCAUCUCGCUCUCGCGCAUCCGCAGCGACGAGGAGCUGAUGAAGUGCAUGUUCAGUGGUCGCUUUAAGGUGAGCGAUAAAAGAGAUGGCGAUAAGGUGAACUACGACGACUGCAGCUGCGACUCGGAGUUGCUGGACCCGGCGAAGCUGGUCUACAUCCUCGAGGACGUGGACGCCACGACGGCGAUUGUCCUCAAGGAUGAGGCAGAGGAGGUAGAAACGGGAGGCGAAGCACAGAACCAGCGGGAGAGACGCGGGGAGGGGGGCUCGGCAGCUGCGCCGCCGUCAAGCGAUUCAACGAGCAGCGAUGGGGAGUCUGAGGAGGAGAACGAUAUGACUGAAAACGAGAGUGGCGACGGUGCCGUCGAUGAGAGCCACGACGCAGGCAGGGAUGCCACCAAUGAAGUCUCGUCGGAGGUCUUGACGCAGCGCGAAGUGGUGAAGGUGAAGAGCAAGAGGCAAACGAUCGAUCGCACCCUCACUAUCGAUGGGCUCGCGAACGCGCUGAACGGUGUGCUAGACUUUCCCCAGCGCAUUGUCAUUAUGACGACAAACCACAUCGAAAGGCUGCACCCGUCGCUGCUGCGGCCUGGCGUAGUUACAAUGAAGCUGCACAUGCACAACUUUGACGUGGCGUGUGCGUUGGACAUGGUGAGGCACUACUUCUCUCACACAACGCUUCUCCCGGGACAGCUGGAGGAGCUGCGCUCGUUGCUGGAGGCGGCGUCGGCAAAAGCAUCAAAGGUGGACACCACUGCGUCCAUUUCGGAUGAGGCUGCUGACAGCAGUGCUCUGGCGGCGAAAGGCUUCAGCCCUGCGGAGCUGGAGCAGCACUGCGCUGAAUGUGACACGAUAGAGGAAUUGCUGGAGGUGCUCCGCCAGGGUAGCCGCGUGAACAUUUUCUGA